AUGGAUAUCAAUCUCGAUACUUCGUCUAAUGUUGACGGAGCUUCAACCGUAAUACCCCCAGACUCACAAAAUCCGCCUAUCAUUGAAUCUUUCACAACGUCAAUAGGUACUCCCCUUAAUAACAAUAGUGAUUCUUCUCAACAAGCGGUUUCAAUGCCAACGCCAGCCCUUCAAAGACAGUCUAGGUCUGCUGUUAUAUCUUCUGUAUGGUCCUCUACACCCAACUCUGCUUCUCUUGCUACUACCUCUGUGAGGGCAACAGCUCCAGGCUCAAGGCAGGUUAGACGGAAUUGGUGGGGCUAUAUUAUAGAAAACUUUAGAUCUAUUUCUAGAACCUCUAAGGUGCUGCUAAUAAUGUCUUUAGUGUUAGUUAUUAUUCAGGUUGUUGUCACGAUUACAGUUCUUGUUAUAUCAGCGUUACGCAAUAGGACAGAUCAUAGACGUAAUGGUCAAAAUCAAGAUAAUAAUGAACCAGUAAGAAGAGACUCAUGGGUUGAUCGCUUUAAAUCUUUUCUUGAUCUUUUCGCUACUCUUUGGUUUAUUAUUGGCAACUAUCUUCUUUUCACUACACAAACUUGCACACAAAAUGCACCUGAAAUUUUCUUUCUCUCUUUAACAUGGGUUAUUCUUGGAUAUAUCGUAAUUACUAUCCCUAUAUUAUUGUGUCUCGCUGUCAUUUUUUGUUUACCAUGCGUAUUAGUUGCAAUGAGGAUUCUUCAUGUUGGUGAUGCUGCUGGAAUUAGCGGUGCUAGUGAUGAUAUAAUUCAAAAAAUUCCAUUGGUGAAAUAUAAAUCUCUUGGUGAUUCUGAUGUAUCAGAAGGUCAAACAACAGAUACCGUUAUAUCAGUGUCACAGACAGAAUCAGGUCAUCAAACGAUAUCUCCACAAAAAAAAUCUCGUUUUAAUUUAUUCGGAAGCAGAAACAAGGACUCUGCUCAUAUUUCUCCGGUUGCUCCACAAACUCUUACCAUUCCUAAUCCUGAUGACGCUGUUUGUUCUAUCUGUCUUUCAUCAUAUGAAGAUGGUGAUGAACUUCGAAAUUUAUGGUGUUCACAUCAUUUCCAUAAAGACUGCGUUGAUGAAUGGUUAUCGUUGAAUAGACGCUGUCCAAUGUGUCGUAUGGAUGUCGUUGAAAUGGCUAACGAACGAAGUAAAAGAGGAAAAAGUACAAAUGAUAAUGACAAUAAUAAUGUCGGUGAAGGAAGUAGUGGUGCUGUUGGUCAAAUUCCAAGUAGUCAAAGUGAAUCAGCCGAAGAUGUGGCUCAUAGUGUAUAA